AGGCACUCCACGCCUGCUGCGCUGCAGUUGCCUCUCCCUGGCUGAUACAUUCUUACCCUAAUGUCUAGUGUGUAACAUAGUUUAAGAGUCUGCCAGUUUGACUCUUGGUGCGGUGCAUGUGAGCCAUCUGAACCCCCGCGGCGACACAUCGACAGAAGAGGCCCAAUGGCCGACCUCGAGCAGGCGCCGCGUUCAUGGCACCAGCAGCCUGACAUUGCAAAUCUCUCGCCCGAGUCUUUCACGGCGCAGAAGCUGCAACAUGCAACCCCAGAGCAUCUCUACCUCACCUCGAGGCGCUUCUUCAUCGGUCCAAUACCCACUGCAUGGCUGAGCAAGCACCGCCGUGACUGGUACAAGCAUCACCUGCGCAUCAACUACUCGACCCGCGCCGCAACCUUUUCGUCUGAUCCCCGCGAAGCCCGCCAACGACGCCUGAGUGGAGCCGAAGGGCCCAGCUCCUCAGCCCUCUUCCAGCACAGCUUCCCCCAGCCCGAGGAGUCUGACGCCGAGGAACAGGAAGGUACGCAGAAUGCAGAGGCCAGCGGUGCAAAUGGUGCCCCAGAGGCCAGCGGCAGCACGCCUCCAGCCAUGCCAAUCCCACGAAGCACAGCGCAGAAGGAGGAUGUUAUAGUAGGCAGCGAAGCUGAUGAGUUUGUCGACGCGCCUUCUGAACCAGAGGACAUGGAUGACGACGACCUGCACGUCUAUACGCAUCAAGAGGAGGAGUUCGAUCCCACAAAGCCGCAGCUACCACAUCGAUCCAGCGCCAAGUCCUUCGUUACUGCAUCCUCAAUGCCGGACGCUGCAGACGGCGAUAACGAGGUCGAGUCAGGCGAGGAGCACGCCGGGUCACCACGCGCGGAGGAGCCUGCACUACCACAAAUGAGUGGCCUGCAAGUGCCCGCUGACGAGGAGGGACCAGAGCGUAGCAAGUCCUUGAGCAAGCAGCCGUUGUCUGCAGUGACAAGCCAUGGCGCAGCGUCAUCUACUACGGGAGGAGCACCCUCGGUAGAUGCCGACUCCACCUCGUCUCUGCUGCGAAAGGCUGACUUGAAUAAGGCACCGGCACCCGCUGAUGCUGAAGUCGCCCCCUCGCCUCCCCCCAAAGGCAUUCUCGCCAGAGCCAAAAGGCGGUCGACAUUGGGCGUGUUCAAAACAGAUAUCUCGAAUGGCACCGACCAGCCUGCACCAGACUUGACGCGCAAGGGAUCAAAUCUGCGAAACCUCGUCAAGUUCGACAUACCGGAGGACUCGAAGCGACAAGCAGUACACUUCAAGGCAAAGAAAGCGCAAAUGACCAUUCAGCGAGCAGGUACGAAGCUGCGACGGAAGAGCAUCAAGGACGGUCUUGUGGUGAAGAUGGAGCGUAUGCUUGUGCGUGUCGAUGCUGCCGACGAAGUACCGGAAGACUUCGAUGAGAACGUCAACCAGCAAGUCGUCUCGAGAGUCAAGGACAAGUGGCGAGAGUAUAUGAUAGUCUGCAGGCACAGUCAUACUGAUGAGACUGACUUCCUGCUGCAACUGUACCAGACUCGAGUCAUCCCUGAGAUCGAACAGGCUGGCGCAGGCAAGCGUGCAGCAUACGAGAUACCUCUUGGCCGCAAGAUGAGCAAAGUCAAUUUGUAUUCGUCCCUCGACAAGUCUAUCGUGGUGUCCAUGCCUGGUCCUAGGGGGACUUUGAUCUUCAUCAUGCAGGCCAGGACUGCUUCCAACGCCGUCGAAUGGUACACGUUCCUGCGCAAUAUCCUCGGAUGGCGCCGCGCUUCUGAGCUUCAAAUCAACAUACCGGAUAUGAGCCUCAGCGUGCAGAUUGCCAAUCCCUUCGUGAAGCUGGAAGCCUCGCAGAAUCAGGUGCAAGACGCAGACGACACCGAGGAGGCCAUCUUGAAGACGAUGCAAGAAGAACAAGCUGUCGCCCAAACGCUGGUCCGGCAGUGUCUUGAUCAGUUGGAAGAUGCGCCUGAGUGGGCGACCGUGUUGGAAGCUUGGACGAAAGAACAGCGGAUAGGACUCGCUUGGAAGCGUUACGACCGUCUGGAGUGGAUCCAUGGAGCCAACGAGCGCAAGAUGUACGGCACCAUUGCUAUGCUCAAGUCUCACGAUCUCGAGCUCCGACCGAAAACACACUAUCCUACAACGGUUGUCACUCGCAAAAAGCAGAAGACUUUGACCGAGCCCGUUCCUGUGGAAGGCUUUCUCAUCAGGUUGACCGGACAGCGCGGACGAGCGAAACGCAUGGGCCUUAUGUACCACAAGCAGCUCUACUUCGCCAGUCACGAUCAGUACCUCAUAUUCUCGCGACCAACAAAAGCCGCCCCACCACCUCCACCCAGACUUCCCACGUCCAACAACGCGGCAGUCCCCACAUUGCAGGCGAUUCAGGACAAUACGCCGGAUAACUGGGCAGUGAACCCUUACCCUGUGCAGGACAAGGAAAUCGAAUGGCUAAGGGAAGGUCACUCUGGGACACCUGAAACCAGGAGAUUGCACGACGAGGAUGCAGCAGACGAGUUUGAGCGCAAAGAACAAAACCUGCUCAACUGCGACGGGUACAUCAACAUGGCCGACAUUGUCAAGGUCCGUAAGGCGAGGCUAGGCGCCAGCCCUGUUGAUGAAGAGAUCGAACCCGGCUCAGACGUGGACUUUGAUGAGGACGUUGACAUGGAUGGUUCGAGGGGCGAGGACGGCGCUACGAGUGACAUUGAUCUGGACCGCACCUUUGAGCUGGUCAUGAAGAAUGGUUUGAUCAUUCGUUUACAAGCCGCCGACAAGACACGCCGCAAGGAAUGGAUCAACCAUCUUCGCGCGCUUGCGAAGUAUUGGAAACACCGCACAGCCUCCGACAUUACCCUCUACAAAUCCACACGGUCCCGCAACCUCAGCGCUCUCAACAUUGACGAGGAAGGCGAGGCGCACAUUGGCCAAUUCGCACGUAAAUGGGAAGUCACCCAAUCAUUUGCCUCAGCUCAACUCUACAACAUGUGCGGUAUCGCUUGCUGUCGCAGCAUUCACAUGUCCGGCAUGUUGUACCGUAAGCCCCGCAUACACGCACCCUUCACGCGCUGCAGCGUCAUCUUGGCUGCCGGCACCCUGCUUAUCUUCCGCGACGUUCUGCGCAGCCGCGUCGGCAAGCAACUAUCCCACAUCCACCACGAGCGCAUCGCCAACCUUGACCUGCGGGACUGCUACAUCUACUCGGGCCUCCUCACCGAAUCCGACCUUCUCUACCAGAACCAGACUUUCGACGCUAACAAACCCGGUCACCACGCCUUACCGCGCAUUUACCUCGAAGACGGCUGGACGAGCACAGAUGAAGAUGUUAUGACGACCUUCGUCAUCUGGCACGGCAAAGCGAAGUCUUGGUUCCGUGCUGAAGAAGGGGCUGGCGGUGCGGGUGAGAAGGAGAGGAAGGAGGGCAAGAGAACGAAGCUCAAGAGGGUGGCUAAACUGGGGAGUAAGGGUAGGAGUGUGGUGUUCAGGGCGCGUAGUAGGGCGGAGAGAGAUCACUGGGUGCUUGCUAUUCAGAACGAGAUCGAGCGGGUGCAGGGCAGGGAGAGCGAUUUUAGGAUCGAGGAGACGGCGGACGAUAAGAAGUGAGAAUAUGCAUGAAGUCACGGUGGUGUCAUGGCGUAAUGGAGUGGGAGGAUGAUCGUUGGGAUUUGGAUGAUUUGGCAUGAUUGGCGACGUACUACUUUUUGGCGCAUACAUAUUCCUAAU